UAACAAUUUUAUUGUUCUAAAAAAAAAAAAAUCAUGUUCUCUACUUCUCAUAUUACAAACUAGUGAAGAGAAAAAAGCCGUUUUUUUUUUCCCAUAUAGUAUGUGCAUGGAGACUAUUUCUAGUACGGAAAACAAGUCCGUUUUCUCAAGAUUAAGGAAUAAAUUUUCGUCGAAAAAGCCGAUCAUAAUCAACGAUACUACUACUAGUAAUAAUACUCUUUCCGUGAGUAUAAUUACUAGUAGUAGUAGUAGUGAAAAUAUGGUUCAAUUGGAGAGGGUAUUUACGUACUUUGACGAGGACGGAGACGGAAAAGUGUCACCAGCGGAGCUAAGGCGUUGCGUGAAGGCGGUAGGCGGUGAUCUGACGGUGGAGGAGGCGGAGAUGGCGGUGAGGCUAUCGGAUUCCGAUGGGGACGGGUUGUUAGGGUUUGAGGAUUUUAGUAAAUUAAUGGAAGGAGAAAAAAAUAAAGAGAGUGAAUUAAGAGGUGCUUUUGAGAUGUAUGAAAUGGAAGGGAGUGGCCAAAUUACACCUAAGAGCUUGAAUAGGAUGUUGAGUAGACUAGGUGAGUCUACAUCUAUUGAUAAUUGCAAAGCUAUGAUUCAAAGAUUUGAUCUUGAUGGUGAUGGAGUUCUUAGCUUUGAUGAGUUCAAAGUUAUGAUGAAUAGGAGUACUUAAAAUUUGGGAGUUUAUUUUUGGAAGACAAAUUACAUGAUCAUGUUGUGUAAAAGAUUCUUUGGCCUUUGAGCUCAAAUACUGCUGGUUGAUCACAUUAUACAUGUUGUUAUCAAGAUUUGCGACAGAUUAUUGAUUGUAAUUGCUUAUAAUUUUAUGUAUUGACAUUAUUAUUAAGUACUUAGAAGUAAAACAAUUUGCAGUUGAGUGCGAUUAAAGCAA